GGCGCGCAUGCGCAACCAGGCCCAGGUGGCCUGCGCCGCGGAAGCGAAGCAACCUAAAGACGCCGCGCUGCUGGGCUGCUGCUGCGCGUGCGCAGGCGGACCGCCGCCGGAGUCGUCUCGUUUGCAGCUUCCAACGCCGCGGCCGCCUCUCCUGAAUUUAAGUCUCGCGCUUUCUUCGUUCCCUCGCCGGCGGGUUCGCGCCCCUCUCGCGCCCCCGGGCAGCGAGGCUGGGAAAGGGUUGGAGGGGGCUGUUGAUCGCCGCCUUUAACUUGUGCUCGGGGCGGCCAUGUCGGCCGGCGAGGUCGAGCGCCUAGUGUCGGAGCUGAGCGGCGGGACCGGAGGGGAUGAGGAGGAAGAGUGGCUCUAUGGCGGCCCAUGGGACGUGCAUGUGCACAGUGAUUUGGCAAAGGACCUAGAUGAAAAUGAAGUUGAAAGGCCAGAAGAAGAAAAUGCCAGUGCUAAUCCUCCAUCUGGAAUUGAAGAUGAAACUGCUGAAAACGGCGUACCUAAACCGAAAGUGACCGAGACUGAAGAUGAUAGUGAUAGUGACAGUGAUGAUGAUGAGGAUGAUGUUCAUGUCACUAUAGGAGACAUUAAAACGGGAGCACCACAGUAUGGGAGUUAUGGUACAGCACCUGUAAAUCUUAACAUCAAAACAGGGGGAAGAGUUUAUGGAACUACAGGAACAAAAGUCAAAGGCGUGGACCUUGAUGCACCUGGAAGCAUUAAUGGAGUUCCACUCUUGGAGGUAGAUUUGGAUUCUUUUGAAGAUAAACCAUGGCGUAAACCUGGUGCUGAUCUUUCUGAUUAUUUUAAUUAUGGGUUUAAUGAAGAUACCUGGAAAGCUUACUGUGAAAAACAAAAGAGGAUACGAAUGGGACUUGAAGUUAUACCAGUUACCUCUACUACAAAUAAAAUUACGGCCGAAGACUGUACUAUGGAAGUUACACCAGGUGCAGAGAUCCAAGAUGGCAGAUUCAAUCUUUUUAAGGUACAGCAGGGAAGAACUGGAAAUUCAGAGAAGGAAGCAGCUCUUCCAUCUACAAAAGCUGAGUUUACUUCUCCUCCUUCUUUGUUCAAGACUGGACUCCCACCAAGCAGAAACAGCACCUCUUCUCAGUCUCAGACAAGUACUGCCUCCAGAAAAGCCAAUUCCAGCGUUGGGAAGUGGCAGGACCGGUAUGGGAGGGCCGAAUCACCUGACCUAAGGAGAUUACCUGGGGCAAUUGAUGUCAUUGGUCAGACUAUAACAAUUAGCCGAGUGGAAGGAAGGCGACGGGCAAAUGAAAACAGCAACAUACAGGUCCUUUCUGAAAGAUCUGCUACUGAAGUAGACAACAAUUUUAGCAAACCACCUCCAUUUUUCCCCCCAGGAGCUCCUCCCACCCACCUUCCACCUCCUCCAUUUCUUCCACCUCCUCCAACUGUCAGCACUGCUCCACCUCUGAUUCCACCACCAGGUAUUCCAAUAACUGUACCACCUCCAGGUUUUCCUCCUCCACCAGGCGCUCCACCUCCAUCUCUUAUACCAACAAUAGAAAGUGGACAUUCCUCUGGUUAUGAUAGUCGUUCUGCACGUGCUUUUCCAUAUGGCAAUGUUGCCUUUCCCCACCUUCCUGGUUCUGCUCCUUCGUGGCCUAGUCUUGUGGAUACCAGCAAGCAAUGGGACUAUUAUUCAAGAAGAGAGAAAGAUCGAGAUAGAGACAGAGACAGAGACCGGGAACGAGACCGUGAUCGGGACAGAGAAAGAGAACGCACCAGAGAGAGAGAGCGGGAGCGUGAUCACAGUCCUACACCAAGUGUUUUUAACAGGUUUGUUGAUGAUGAAGAACGAUACAGAUACAGGGAGUAUGCAGAAAGAGGCUAUGAGCGCCACAGAGCAAGUCGAGAGAAAGAAGAACGACACAGAGAAAGACGACACAGAGAGAAAGAGGAAACCAGACACAAGUCAUCUCGAAGUAAUAGUAGACGUCGCCAUGAAAGUGAAGAAGGAGACAGUCACAGGAGACACAAGCACAAAAAAUCUAAGAGAAGCAAAGAAGGAAAAGAAGCUGGCAGUGAGCCUGCCCCUGAACAGGAGAGCACCGAAGCUGCACCUGCGGAAUAGGCAUGGCUAUGGCCUUUGGGGUAUAUUAGGGCCAAAAGUGUACCAUAAAUCUUGUUAUUUUUCUGGAUAAUGUUUAAGAAAUUUACCUUUAAUCUUGUUCUGUUUAGUAUGAAAAGUUAACUUUUUUCUCAAAAUAAAAGAGUGAAUUUUUCAUGUUAAGUUAAAAAUCUUUGUCUUGUAAUAUUUAAAAAAAUAAAGACAGCAAUGACUUUAUAUCCAAGAAAGUAAUGUGAAUGAGUCACUCAGCAGGGAAUUUUAAAGAGCUAUGUACAUACACAGUGUCUCAUAAAGGUCAAGGUUCCAGCUUGGCCAUAGUUUUCUUGAUAACGUUAAUUAAAUAAUAACACUCUCAAGAGGUUGCACUACAAAAGGCAUCUCUGAGUCUUGACAUUAAAAGUAGUCUUUUGUCAAUACUGCUGUGGCACUCUUGCUUAGCAUAUUGAAGAACUCGUAUACAGUUUUGAUACCACAACUUUUU